GGGGCCGAACCUCGCCGCCGCCGCUGGUUCUGCCAGCCCCUGGCGUCCGGGACACGAAGCUGGGCAUGACCGCCACCAUGCUGGCCUGCGAGGGCGGCCACGCCGGCUGCCUGCGGAUUCUGGCGGAGCACAGCGCCAACAUCAACCUGCCCGACACGACGGGCCAAACGGCGGUCAUGCUUGCAGUAUCGGCGGACACGACGGCUUCAGCUGGAUGCCUCAGGUACCUCAUCCGCCGCGAGGCCGAUCUGGACGCCCAGGACCUGGACGGCUGGUCGGCCGCCAUGGCGGCGGCGUGCGCGGGCAGGGGCGAGUGCCUUCAGUGGCUGAUUGAGGGCCGCGCCGACCUCGACCUGAGGAACAGCAAGGGCCAGACCGCCCUGAUGCUCGCGGUGAUGUGCCGUAGCGACGUCUGCGUCAGGGCCUUGACGCGGGCCAAGGCCAACGUGAUGCUAAAGGACUCCGCGGGGGCGACGGCGGCCAACAUCGCCCAGCGGACGGGCAACCACUCGUGCCUGAGGAUGCUGCAGCACCGCAAGUCCAACCUGUUCUCGCUCGCCCUCAUGGGCCCCGCGAGCGCGGCGCCCGAGGAGGACGCGAACCUUGCUUCGAAGGAGUGGCUGGACGCGGCCUGGCUCGGAGACGCCGGCGCCCUGGAGGCGCUGGCGGCGGGCGGCGACCGGCCGGGCGAGGACGGCGCGGACCCGUGCGCCAGGGGCCCCGACGGCUGGACGGCGGCCAUGGUGGCCAGCAUCAUGGGGUACCCCAGGUGCCUGGAGCUGCUCCUGGACCUCGGCGUCGACGUGGGCGAGACCGACCGAGACGGGCACACUGCCACGAUGUGGGCCGCGGCCAAGGGGCACCUGGAGUGCCUGCGGGUGCUCCUGGACGCCCGAGCGGACCCCGACGCGCGGGACGGCAAGGGCGUCGGCGCCGCCCACCUGGCCGCGGCCAGCGGCCAGAAGGACUGCCUGCGCCUCCUCGCGGAGCGGGGCGCGGACCUCGACGCGCGGCGGCGCGACGGCUCCAGCUGCGCCGUGCUGUACCUGCUGCAGACGGGCGAGGUGUACGUGCGCCAGGAGGCCGCCACGCCCGCCGCGGAGGAGGGCGCCGGCGCCGAGCCGCCCGCGGGCCGGGCCUCGGCGUUCCGGGUCUCGUCGCCGGACCGCGCCGCGGGCCAGAGCCAGCCGCCCACGCAGCACGGCGGCGGCGGGGGCAGCGCCGCGCGGCCAGCGGAGGGCCACCGCGCCGGCCGCGGGGGCCUCCAGCCGCCGCCGCUGGGGGCGCCGGGCUCCGUCGCGGAGCCGGCGGUCGAGGAGCGGGCGUACACGCGCUCCUCGUGGUUCCGCGCCGCGCGCAUCGGCCGCGCGGACGUGCUCGGGCAGCUGGUGGACCAGGGCGCCGACAUCGACGCGGCGAGCGGCCGGGGCAUGACGGCGGCGAUGGUCGCGGCCGAGAACGGCCACCAGGAGGCGGUGUCCUUCCUGCUGGCGCGCGGGACGGACGUCCUCGUCACUGACACCCUCGAGGGCACCGGUGCUGUCAGCUUCGCGGCGAGGCAGGGCCACUUCGAGUGCAUCAAGGUGCUCGUCGACGAGGGGGAUGCCUACGUGGACCAGAAGGACGCCCAGGGCCGCACCGCCCUGAUGGAGGCGGCCCUGCACGGCCACGAGAGGUGCGUCAGGCUCCUGAUCCGGCGGGGGGCGGACCCGAACCUGAAGGCGGAGGACGGCCUGUCCGUCGCGAUGAUGGCGGCCGAGGGGGGGCGCAAGGAGUGCCUCCGGGUGCUCGCGGAGCACGGGGCGGAUUUGAUGCUGCGCGGCGACGGGAGCAGCGUGGUGAACGUGCUCCACAUCUUCGAGGCCCAGGCCGGGCUCGCCGAGGCGCGCUCGGUGGUGCCGGCCGUGAACUGGCGCUCGGCCGCCAGCGGCGGCGCCCGCGGCCUCUGCGAGGCCCUGGAGGGGGCCGCCGCGGCGAUGGCGCCGCGCACGUGGGAGAAGACGUCCGACACCCGCUUCCAACACAUCGCGGGUCUCCACCUCAGCCUGUGGGCGUACGACGACUGGGACAACCUGAGGGUGCGCGACCCGCAGCUCGUGGAGGCGCUCUUCGGCUGCCUGGUCGAGCUCCUCACGGCCUGCCGGGACCUCCAGCUCGACGGCGUGGGCAAGCGCGCGCUCUCGCUGCUGCUGGACGCGGGCCUGAAGCGCGCGCUGGGCACGGAGCGCGCGGAGCAGCUGGCGGCCCUGAACGAGCAGGUCCUGGGCGAGCUGGAGAAGGCCCUCGACGAGAGGCAGUCGAAGCUGGAGAAGGUGACGACGCUCACAGAGGCGCCCGACGUUUACUUCGAGCGGUGGGACCGGCACAACAAGAAGACGACUGGUAGGCUAGACCAGCGCGACGCGAUCCCCGAGGAGCUCUGGGGCUGGCUGGUCGACUUGCCCAAGGGCUGCGUGGAGCGGCUGGACGCCGCCCACCUCUGCCUCCGCAAGCUGGGCCUGGUCACAGGCCCCGGCACGCUGGCGAAUUUCCUCCGCGACCACGCGCUGCUCAACGACAACGCCCUCUACGCCAGGGUCGCGGCGCACGUCCUGACCGGGUACGCCGCCAUCGUCGACCCGCACUUCACCGCCUUCAUGAAGGAGCACUUCGGGCAGCGCUUCAAGGCGGCGCCGGUCAAGAAGCUGGCCCGCAUCUUCGCGAAGCUGCUGGGCGACGAGCCGCGGCUGGCGGACGAGCUCGCCACGGCCGAGGACCCCGGGCUCCGCUGCUCCUACUUCGCCCUGGGCGACGCGGUGCGCGGCUCUGUGGAGGCCAACGGCGCGGAGGCCAUGAUCGACACCGUCGAGCAGCUGCAGCGGCUCAACAAGCUCUCAGCGCACGGUCGGUUCGACGUCUGGCGGAUCAAGAACACGCACCACGCCGGCGCAGACGAGACCACGGGCGGGUACCGGGACGUGAAAGUCUUGGGGAGGUUCACCGCGCGCAAGAAGAAGGGUGGCGAGUUUACGAUGCCGAUUUCCAUGAUAGUGGAGGUGCAGGUGAUAGAUAGCGUUUAUUUGGACAUCAAGAAAUACAUGCACAAAGCUUAUUCGAUAGACCGUGGCGACUACGGUUGA